AUGAGUGGUGCCUCACAUGCCCUUACUUUUUGCGGAGUCGAGCAUCUUCUUUAUGCGGAUGAUCUGAUAAUAUUCGCCAGCUCAAGGGACAGCGGAGCCAGAACGGAAAUCCGAAGGGCAAUUAAGUGCCUGGAGAAGUGGUCAAAGGACUUUGGUUUUAAGUUCUCAGCCCAGAAGACAAAAGCCAUCCACUUUUGCCGACAUCAGCCUUGCCUAGCUCCACCCAGUUUCACGAUCUAUGACUCACCAAUUGCUGUGGAGGAAACUAUCAAGAUACUGGGAGUGAACUUUGAUAACAAACUCUCUUUCAAGCAACACGUGGCAAACCUCAGGAGUGAAUGUGCCAAAAGAGUUCAACUAAUCAGGACCCUGGCAAAUACGUCGUGGGGCGCCGAUAGAUCGCAACUGUUGCAGGUUUCUCUCGCGGUGGUGGGAGGAAAAUGCGACUACGGUGUUCAAGCUUAUGGCACUGCCUCAAUCUCAACUCUCAACAGGCUAAACGGUCCGUACAAUGCGGCUAUUCGUCUCUCAACUGGAGCCUUCAAAUCAUCACCCGUCGAAAGCGUCCUCGCGGAAGCCGGAGUGUCGGGUUUGGAGGAGAGAAGGAGUCUGUUGAUCAUGCGAUGGGCAAACAAGGUAAAAUCAGAUCCCACUCAUUUACUGCACAAAGCCAUUACUAGUAGAAAGCCCAUGAGAAGCAGAAGAAUCACCUCCAUUGUCGAUCAUUUCCUCAAUUGGGCACGGGAGUACAAGCUUCCACAGGCGACAUUCAUUCGCAGAUCGUUCCCCGUCAACCCUCCAUGGCAAUUCAGCGAACACUCGGUGGACACCUCUUUUAGCGUCCACAAGAAGAAGGACACCCACCCAUUGGAGUUUCUGGGGAUGGUUCUGGAGAGGCUUGAGAGUCUGGAGAGUACGCAGGAGGUCAGAGUUUUCUACACCGAUGGAAGCAAACAGGCCGACGGUACGGGAUUUGGAAUGUAUAGAGUAUCCCCGGAACUUAAAAUAGCGAAAAAGCUCAGGAAAGAGGCAUCCAUUUUCUCGGCAGAGGCCUCUGCCAUCCUUUUCGCUCUGCGCUUUGAUCCUGCGGAUGUGAGUCACAGAGUCAUAUUCACGGACAGUCUCUCUGUCUGUAGCGCUGUCCUCGGAUUCGACUCUCGUGCGUCUCUUGUUGUCAACAUUAGAGACCUUCUAAUUAAGAACCCACAGUUUAGAAUAGUCUGGAUCCCUGGACACUGCGGCAUCCCGGGAAAUGAGGUCGCAGAUGAGUUGGCCAAUUCUUCUAUCAACCGAUAUCUCUUGGAUGAUCCGAGAGUGUCUCUAGAGGAUUCCCAGCACCAAACUAGAGUGGCGUGGCAGAAGAGGAAGAGUGAGGCUUGGACCAGUCUCUCCUCGGACAACAAAUUCAGGAAUAUCUGCAGCGACCCCUCCGCACUUGCCCGUCCGGUUGGCCUGGACAGAAGAGAACAAUGCAUUCUCACCCGACUGAGAAUUGGACACACGCGGGUGACGCACGGGUACCUCAUGGAGGGACUCACCCGCCCGCCAAAAUGUGACGUGUGUGUGGGUAACAAGACUGUGACGGUGCAACACAUUUUGGAAGAGUGCAUCAAAUUCUCAAGCCCGCGAAAUGCCCUUGGGGGUAUUGGUGUCUCCAUGAUUGGGGAUGGAGGUGAUGAAAGUGGCAUUAAAAGAGUGUUGAACUUUAUCGAGAAGUGUGGACUACAAAGUGACAUUUAA